GUCUGAUACCAAGCCACAUCUCGACAGACCUGACAGAAUCUCGACAGAACUCAUCAUGCAAGCUACACGCCUUGUCUUCGCUCUGCUCUUCGGAGCUCUACUGAUUGGGUUAUGCACGGCAAAACAAUCAAAGAAGGAUCUGAAGGUACGUCAUCAAGCCCGCCAAGGCUGCAGCUCAGACCAGUUCACCUGCAACAGUGGAUGGUGCAUCCCCAGCUAUUGGCAAUGUGACGGCAUGGAUGACUGCAUCGGUGGAGAGGACGAGUCGAACUGCCCAAGUACAGGCUGCAGCUCAGGCCAGUUCACCUGCAACAGUGGAUGGUGCAUCCCCGGCUACUGGCAAUGUGACGGCAUGAAUGAUUGCAGUGGUGGAGAGGACGAGGUAAACUGCCCAGGCUGCAGCUCAGACCAGUUCACCUGCAACAAUGGAUGGUGCAUCCCCGGCUACUGGCAAUGUGACAACUUUAAUGACUGUCUCGGUGGAGAAGACGAAUUGAACUGCCCGAGUACGGGCUGCAGCUCAGACCAGUUCACCUGCAACAGUGGAUGGUGCAUCCCCGGCUACUGGCAAUGCGACGGCAUGAAUGAUUGCAGUGGUGGAGAGGACGAGGUCAACUGCCCAAGUACAGGCUGCAGCUCAGACCAGUUCACCUGCAACAGUGGAUGGUGCAUUCCCGGCUAUUGGCAAUGUGACGGCAUGGAUGACUGCUAUGGUGGAGAAGACGAAAUGAACUGCCCAAGUUAUAAGAGAGCUCCUAAGGAAAAGUGGGAGAAGCUAACCCGAAAAGUGGAGCAAAAGAAGAAAGACAUGCGCAAGUAAACUCAUAGGAGGGUAGUGCAACCGGGAAAGACCGACAAGGCCUCGGGAUCCGACCACGGACAACGGACAACGGACUUUCGUUUUCCACUGCCACAAUAGCUAGUCGUAUAGUUCACAAGAUUUUUCAUUUCUGCAUUGUUUUUCCUUUUUUUCAUGGGUGAUUUGUCAUUUCAAGUGAUUGUCACUUUUAUCGUUCAAUUAAAUGAAUAACCAUUCCUCAGUUCUGAAUUCACAAACAAUUAUAAAAAUCACUAGUUUCUCCAAAAGCAAACUCAGACCACAUGCAUGGUCAUGCCAGUCUUUAUAUUGGUUUGGAAAAAAACACAUGCAUCAUAAGGAGAUAUUCCGAUUGACUAGUGUCUAAACAAUUGAGAGGGAUUAGUUCCUCAAACCCGUCAUGAAGUUUUCGUUGGGGAGUACAUGUACAGUACUAAAAUACCAACACGGCGACUAACAUGCCACAAAUUUAAAGUGGACUAGUCAUUCUCAGUGGUCUUCAUCAUAAAAACAAUGAUAAUAUCAGAUACAUACAACAAAAGUCAGUGAUUAAAAUUACCAGUAUCGAAAAUAGCGUGUCUUCUACUACCCAAUACGUUUUAGAGCUCACAACGUUUUGGCACGAUCGUCUAACAAACCUCUUUACGUAAUGAGGGAAAAGUUGCAUACUUUAAAUUAACGCAAUAAUUGUAUUGAAAACGAAAUACACUCGUUCACAAUCAGAAAUCUUGAGUUCUUUCUUCGUUCUUCUGUGUAGUAACCUUAUAAGCACGGUAGUUUAAUUCUGUGCUAGUUCGUUAAUAAAAUAGCGUGGCAGCUAAUUCAA